ACCGCCAAGAGCCCCCGGGGGUGUCGGGGGGAGAGGGACCUUGGGGGCCGACCGGGAGCCGGCUGAGGAAGAUGGGGGCCACCUAUCCGUUCCUCGCGUGAGGAGGCCGAGGGGCGCGCCACCCCAUCCCGGGGCGGCCGCCCCCGGGGUGCCGCCAUCCCCGCCCGGCCCUGCAGUCGUGGCUGGGGAUGCGGAGCUGGGGGCCGCCGGUGGAGCUGCGCGGGGUGAGAGGCGCGGGGAGGGGCGGCCGUUUGCUGCCCUCGGCCUCGGCCUCCGCCGGCGGGCCCCACUCAACCCGGCCCUCCUUGCGCCCUGACAUCUGUGGUGACAGGUGAACCUGUCGCCUCUCUGCACAGCCGAAUCCGAGGGGACGGACCUGUCCUUUGAAAAACGGUUUUUGGCUGUUAUUUCAGUUCUUAUCCCCCACUCCCGGUUUCAGCGGAGGUCCUUCCCCAGCCAUGGUCCCCAGGAGCCCCCGGGAGUCUGCAGGGAUUGCCUCCCACCCCGGCCUCUCCGCCCCGCGCUCAGCAUCCCGCGGGCAGCCUGCGUGAAGCGGCCUCCCGCAGCCCCCGGCCCCUCCCCCAUGGAGGAGGACGAGGGGGCGGCGGCCAGAGAGUGGGGCGCGACCCCCGCGGGGCCGGUGUGGACCGCAGUCUUCGACUACGAGGCAGUGGGCGACGAGGAGCUGACCCUGCGGAGAGGCGACCGCGUCCAGGUGCUUUCCCAGGACUGUGCGGUGUCUGGAGAUGAGGGCUGGUGGACAGGGCAGCUGCCUAGCGGCCGUGUGGGCGUCUUCCCCAGCAACUACGUGGCCCCCGCCGCACCUGCCGCACCCACAGGCCUCCAGCUGCCCCAAGAGAUCCCCUUCCACGAGCUGCAGCUGGAGGAGAUCAUCGGUGUGGGGGGCUUUGGCAAGGUCUAUCGUGCCCUGUGGCGCGGCGAGGAAGUAGCGGUCAAGGCCGCCCGGCUGGACCCUGAGCGGGACCCGGCAGUGACAGCGGAGCAGGUGCGCCAGGAGGCCCGGCUCUUUGGAGCCCUUCAGCACCCCAACAUCAUUGCCCUGAGGGGCGCCUGCCUCAGCCCCCCAAACCUCUGCCUAGUGAUGGAGUAUGCUCGGGGAGGUGCAUUGAGCAGGGUGCUGGCAGGUCGCCGGGUGCCUCCUCAUGUGCUGGUCAACUGGGCUGUGCAGGUGGCUCGGGGCAUGAACUAUCUACACAAUGAUGCCCCUGUGCCCAUCAUUCACCGGGACCUCAAGUCCAUCAACAUCCUUAUCCUGGAGGCCAUUGAGAACCAUAGCCUCGCUGAUACGGUGCUCAAGAUCACAGACUUCGGCCUUGCCCGAGAAUGGCACAAGACGACCAAAAUGAGUGCCGCAGGGACCUACGCCUGGAUGGCUCCCGAGGUUAUCCGCCUCUCCCUCUUCUCCAAAAGCAGCGAUGUCUGGAGCUUCGGGGUGCUGCUCUGGGAGCUGCUGACCGGGGAGGUCCCCUACCGAGAAAUCGACGCCUUGGCCGUGGCUUACGGUGUGGCUAUGAACAAGCUGACGCUACCCAUCCCCUCCACGUGCCCCGAGCCCUUUGCCCGCCUACUGGAGGAAUGCUGGGACCCAGACCCUCAUGGGCGACCGGAUUUUGGCAGCAUCCUGAAGCAGCUGGAGGUCAUCGAACAGUCGGCCCUGUUCCAGAUGCCACUGGAGUCCUUCCACUCGCUUCAGGAAGACUGGAAGCUAGAGAUUCAGCACAUGUUCGAUGACCUUCGGACCAAGGAGAAGGAGUUGCGUAGCAGAGAAGAGGAGUUACUGAGAGCCGCUCAGGAGCAGCGGUUUCAGGAAGAGCAGCUGCGGAGACGCGAGCAGGAGCUGGCAGAGCGAGAGAUGGACAUCGUAGAACGCGAGCUGCAUCUGCUCAUGAGCCAACUGAGCCAGGAGAAGCCCAGGGUCCGCAAACGCAAGGGCAACUUCAAGCGCAGCCGCUUGCUCAAGCUGCGGGAAGGCAGCAGCCACAUCAGCCUGCCCUCCGGAUUUGAACAUAAGAUUACCGUCCAGGCUUCUCCUACCCUAGACAAGAGGAAAGGAUCCGAUGGGGCCAGCCCUCCUGCCAGCCCCAGCAUCAUUCCCCGCUUGAGGGCCAUCCGCUUGACUCCCAUGGACUGUGGCAGCAGCAGUGGCAGUGGAACAUGGAGCCGAAGUGGGCCACCAAAGAAGGAAGAACUGGUUGGGGGCAAGAAGAAGGGCAGGACAUGGGGCCCCAGUUCCACUCUGCAGAAGGAGCGGGCCGGAGGAGAGGAGAGGCUCAAGGCCCUGGGGGAAGGAAGCAAGCAGUGGUCCUCAAGCGCCCCAAACUUGGGCAAAUCCCCCAAGCACACCCCCAUGGCCCCAGGCUUUGCGAGCCUCAAUGAGAUGGAAGAGUUUGCGGAGGCAGAUGAAGGCAACAGCGUGCCCCCUUCCCCCUACUCCACCCCGUCCUACCUCAAGGUGCCUCUGCCCGCCGAGCCCUCUCCUUGCGCGCAGGCGCCAUGGGAGCCGCCGGCUGUGACCCCCUCCCGGCCAGGACACGGAGCCCGUAGGCGCUGUGACCUGGCGCUGCUGGGUUGCGCCACGCUGCUGGGCGCCGUAGGCCUGGGCGCCGAUGUGGCCGAGGCGCGUGCUGGGGACGGCGAGGAGCAGCGGCGCUGGCUGGACAGCCUCUUCUUCCCACGUCCUGGCCGCUUUCCUCGGGGUCUAAGCCCGACUGGGCGCCCCGGGAGUCGCCGUGAUGACACAGCUCCCUGCCUGGGCCUGGCGCCCUCGGCCACCCUGGUGUCACUGUCCUCUGUGUCCGAUUGCAACUCUACGCGCUCCUUACUGAGGUCCGACAGCGACGAGGCUGCGCCCGCCGUACCCUCCCCGCCGCCCUCUCCCCUGGUGUCCUCACCCAGCACCAAUCCCCUUGUGGACGUGGAGCUGGAAAGCUUCAAGAAGGAUCCCCGCCAGUCGCUCACGCCCACCCACGUCACCGCCGCACACGCAGUGAGCCGGGGACACAGGCGGACCCCAUCGGAUGGGGCGCUGAGGCAACGAGAACCUCUGGAGCUCACUAACCAGGGUCCUCGAGACCCCCUUGACUUCCCUCGACUACCCGACCCUCAGGCCUUGUUCCCCAACCGUCGCCGACCCCUGGAGUUCCCUGGCCGUCCCACCACCCUCACCUUUGCCCCAAGACCCCGGCCAGCUGCCAGCCGCCCCCGUCUGGACCCCUGGAAACUGGUCUCCUUUGGCCGGACACUCAGCAUCUCGCCUCCCAGCAGGCCAGACACUCCAGAGAGCCCUGGGCCCCCCAGUGUGCAGCCCACACUGCUGGACAUGGACAUGGAGGGCCAGAGCCAGGACAACACAGUGCCCUUGUGUGGGGCCUAUGGCUCUCACUGAGACCUGCCUGCCACCACCCGCCUGGGCAGCCAUGAAUGUAGUGCCCCAGGCCCCGCCACAGCCCAUCAUGCCCCAAGGUGGGGGAGGCCCUGGGCAGGAUACUCACUCUAUUUAUUGGGGAAGAGGGGAGGGGAGGACACUUAAUUUAUUCCUUUGUACCCCAGGGGGUGGAGCUCUGAGCCCAACCUGCUGUGGGGAGAGGGUGGGCAGGGAUACUCAGGGACAGGACAUUGUGGGGGAUUUGGCACAAAACACAGCAUUAAAGGUAACCCCUGCCCCCUACCAAGCUUGGCUGUGUAUGCUUCCCCAGCCUGGGCCCUAAUGCUGAGUUACCCCACAAUGGGAAACCCUUACAC